AUGCAGUUCCCACCCACCCUCCUCCUAGCCCUAACCGCCGUCCUAGUCCCCACAGCCCUCGCCGCCGCCGCCGACUGGUCCGCAACGCAGUACUACAACGAAAACUGCAGCGACGACAGCCAGGCCGGCGACGCCCUGACGUCGCCGAGCGGCAACCUGGUCAUCGACAUCGAGGGCGGCGUGCAGGCCGUCAAGCUGGCGCGCCCCUCGGACGGCGACAUGUGGCUGGCCUACACGGGCCACAAGGACGGCAGCGACGUCUGCCAAGGGAUCGAGGUGGGCCUGUGGCCCGACAAUGGAUGCCAGUCGGUCGCCGGCGAUUGGGCAAUGGUGGUGUGCAUACAGGCGGCGCCGAAGGGCAGCAGCUAG